AUGUACAAGGCGGGCCAUUCUGCUGUUUCACGAACUGCGCUCCCAUCAAUACAACAUAAGCAACGAUCUUCAUAUAACUACCAGAGACCACAAGCGUUUCAGAGGGGCAGUGAAAAACGUUCGAAUGUUUCUUCCAAGAAAGAGUGUGACCAAUUUCUUCACCAAGCGGAAAUCCCUGUCCCAGUUUUCAACAAGCCUAAAGUGAAACGUAACGAAACACCGUUGACUCUUACACCUCCAUCAACCCCGUCAUCUCCUCUCGUUGAACAACAAAUCGAAUUCCUUCACAACUCCUGGCGGUCUUUUCGUGAAACACCAACCGGAGAGAUUGAUCCAACUAUUGUUACUUAUCAUAGAAUAAAGGAGCUACCUCCGGAUUUCAAACCGUUCAACAUUGACCGUUUCCUUGCUGAAAAACUGCUCAAGGAGCUGGAUAUUGAUCCAAAGUUUGCUAUUUUCUAA